GAAGAGAGUGGAUAUGUAGGAGGAGCCUUUUACGACCUACCGCCGCCAGAGCCCCUCGGACCGUACCUACCUCCUGACGACACUACGCUACACCACGGCCGUGAAGACCCGCCUCGACAUGGCAACCGAGACGCCACCCGCCACGCCCGCCACGGCCGCCACGGCCGCCACGGCCAUUGCCCCCCAGGUGUUCCACUGGGACACGGCGCGCCAGUACGUCGGGUUUGA